AUGUUGUACCUCGUAACGUUGGUUGCUGUGCUGUUGCUCUCCGAUGGAGACUGCGAUCGGCGCUACGAAUAUCUUUCACCAUUAGGUCUUCUCGCUCCUGUUGGUGGAGUUGAAGCGUACUGGCGGGAAUUUCCGCACCUCGGAGCGAUUGGAUGGACGCGGGACGAUGGAAGCGUCUAUUGGGGUUGCGGUGGGUCGUUGAUAUGGGAAAAUUUUGUUCUUACUGCCGCUCAUUGUGUUUUCCAUUCAGACUUCAAUAAUUCACAGCCGACGGUGGUGCGCUUUGGAGAUCUGAACCUUCAUAAUGAAACAGACGAUCAAUUUGUCCAACAGUAUAACAUCGUGAAGAUCAUUCGUCAUCCGGAGCAUAGGUUCAGUGCAAAGUAUCAUGACAUUGCGCUACUGAUGUUGGAGAAUAACAUUGAAUUACAUGGCACCGUUGUUCCGGCGUGUCUUUGGGAUGAUGAGGAGAUUCGUUUUACCACUCUAGAGUCAGCCGGGUGGGGUGCAACAGGUUAUGGAGAAUCACAAACACCAAAAUUAUUGAAAGUGGCAUUGCACCCAGUUGAGAAAAGUGUGUGCGAUCGGCAUUACCGUGUUGGAGAUCGUGGCCUUAAACAAGGCCUCCAGGAAUAUCAGCUGUGUGCCGGCGAUGACAUGAUGGACACAUGCCAGGGUGAUUCUGGAGGUCCACUAGAGAUCAAGCUGUUGCAUUCCUUAUAUAUUACCCCGUUCAUCGUAGCGGUUACAUCGUUCGGAUCGGUCUGUGGAAAGACCGCUCCUGGGGUGUACACAAAAGUAACGCCUUAUAUCCCAUGGAUACGCUCCGUAUUGGAUGAACACGGAGAAGACGCUCCAGAGUGGAAAUUCAAACCGUACGGUUGCGCAUUGCGGUAUGAAAGGUUCAGGCCAUACGAUCCGGUUAUAACAGGCGGUUUAUACCAUGCAAAUGGUGACUAUACCUUUGAUUUUUCUCGGAAACGAAUCUCACGGGAUUUCAAUGGUGUACUUACAACCGUGAAGAUCGGUUGGAAUGAUACAAAGGAUGCUGCAGCUAACUGUUUCGGCGUGCUCAUAGAUCAUAAUACCGUGUUAACGUUAGCACAAUGCGCUUCUUACAAAGGGAACGCUCCUUCGCAUAUUGUUUUAUCCGGGCAAGGUGUAAAUAAAAUUGCUGAUAUCUUUAUCCACCCGAAUUAUGCACAGAAAACUGUAUACAAUAAUAUUGCGGUACUGAAACUUGCAGACGCGUAUUCAUUUGCAGAGAAGUUCGUACCAGCCUGUUUAACGUUUUCAGAUGCUCCCUCACAAGCGUUGUUGGAGAUUGGAAGAGGAAGAGUUGACCUUAAUAUUCGCGGAAACACAAACGGAGAUAUUUUAGAACAAAACGAUCUCGACGGAAAUUUCACGGACCUGCUGGCAAAGGUAACCCCACAUGCGGCCGUGAAUUGUACGCUACCGAAGCAGUAUCAACCACUUUUGACAAAGGGACUCGCAGAGGAGCAUCUGUGCUUUGGCAAUGACAUCUACCUAGUGCCGGAAGCUUGUGAGCAAACGUUUGGAGGUGGAAUUCAGAGUAAAUAUUUUGCGGACAGCGCAAAGCAUACUGUUUACGCACUCAAUCUCCUCGGAAGGGAUUGUGGAUUCGGAGAAUCAGCUCUUGGAGUGAAGAUCAGCAGUCAUGCGCAAUGGUUGAGCCAAGUCAUCCUGAAGAAUAAACGGCGGGGUGACGAGUCGGCGUUGUUCUUCGAUACAGACCUCGAGCUGGGAGACCAUUGCGGAUUACCCGAUGGAACGGUUGGAAUGUGCACUGAUAUACGGAGAUGUCCUAAGGUGCAGUACGAUCUUAACAUCCAGAAAAGGGUGACCUUCUGCAGCAACGGUUCCAUUGCAUGUUGUCCGUUUCAUAACGUCCUCAAUGCCACGCAGGGAGCUGGCAGCGAAUUGGACACGUGUUCAUCCCAGUUCAGAUUUGUCACUGAACAGUACGACUUACCCUACGCCGAGCACGAUAUCGAUCUACGAUUCCCACAAGUGGUUGAAAUUCAAUGGAACCUAAGCCAUGGACUACAUAAAUCGUGCAUUGGGACGUUAAUCAGUCAAAGUGUGGCAGUUUCGUCAGCAAGCUGUCUUUCGCGCAUUGGCAACGAAUCGGCUGAGAUCAUAUUCUACUUUGAAACAGAAUCACUGCAAAUGUUCAUCGAAAAGAUCAUCAUUCAUCCCAAAUACGACGCAAGUACGCUGCGCAAUGACAUCGGAUUGGUCCAAAUUAGUGAAAUCGUUGAGUCAACGAUACCGGCGUGUCUCUGGCAGAAUCAAACACACACUCCAUUGGUUUUGCAGCAAGUUAGGCUAUCGGAAAAUGUCCUGAAGAUCGUGCCUAGCUUUUCGAAGUAUAAUUCGGAUUGUGGCGACUUGGGGAAACCAGUCGGACCAACGCGUUUCUGUGCGGAUCUCCAUCAUAGUCUUUGGGGUGCAACAACGGAAUCCGGUGCACCAGCCUUCUGGCAGGAGCUACUUGAUGAAGACGGGACAGUUGUGACUUAUCUGGUCGGCAUCGCAAGCGAAAGCUUCAGGAAUUAUACAAUUCUUACUCGCAUUGAGUCGUAUGUCGAUUGGAUUAAAAGUCAUUUGUAGUCAACAUCUUGGGUGUUCGAA